CACUGCUGUGUUUAGCUGAGUCGCUGCCGCUCUUCUGGGAGUCAAGCCCGGUGCUGGUGGAGCGGUGCCCUGAGCCGGUACCUCCCCUCGAGGACCCACCUCCUGAGCCUCAGACGCACCUCUUGUUGUAUUUAUUCGUUUGCCAAGGCCCAGGUCUUGCAUGUGACCUGACGUGUGUUCAGUCUCUCUUGUCAUUCUUUCUCUAGGACAAGUGACGCUGAGCCAACGGGUGAAGCACCAUGACCAAGAAAAGGAUCGCGGUAAUUGGGUCAGGAGCGAGUGGGCUCUCCUGCAUCAAGAGCUGUCUGGAAGAAGACUUGGAACCUGUCUGCUUUGAAAGGUCUGAUGACAUCGGAGGACUGUGGAGGUUCCAGGAAAACCCUGAAGAAGGAAGGGCCAGUAUUUACAAAUCCGUGAUCAUCAACACCUCUAAGGAAAUGAUGUGCUUCAGUGAUUACCUCAUCCCAGACCAUUACCCCAACUUCAUGCACAACUCCCAGGUCCUGGAGUACUUCAGGAUGUAUGCUAAAGAGUUUGACCUUCUGAAAUACAUCAAAUUCAAGACCACAGUGUGCAGUGUGAAGAAGCGGCCUGACUUCUCUGCUUCGGGCCAAUGGGAGGUGGUCACUGAGUGUGGAGGGAAAAGGCAGGUGGAUGUCUUCGAUGGAGUCCUGGUUUGCACAGGCCAUCACACGGAUGCUCACUUACCCCUGGACAGCUUUCCCGGAAUUGAAAAAUUCAAAGGGAAGUACUUUCACAGUCGCGACUAUAAGAACCCAAUAGAAUUUACCGGGAAAAGAGUCAUUGUAAUUGGCAUUGGGAAUUCUGGAGGGGACCUGGCUGUAGAGAUCAGCCACACAGCCAAGCAGGUAUUCCUCAGUACCAGAAGAGGAGCUUGGAUCUUGAACCGUGUAGGGAAAAAUGGAUAUCCUUUUGAUGUGCUGUUCUCAUCUCGACUUAACUACUAUUUGUCAAAGAUCUUUAGUUCAUCAUUUAAAAGUGGAUUCAUGGAAAAACAGAUAAACCAAAGAUUUGAUCAUGAAAUGUUUGGCCUGAAGCCUAAACACAGAGCUCUGAGUCAGCAUCCGACAGUGAAUGAUGAGCUGCCAAAUCGUAUCAUCGCUGGCUUGGUGAAGGUGAAAGGAAACGUGAAGGAAUUCACGGAGACAGCUGCCAUAUUUGAGGACGGCUCCAGGGAGGAUGACAUUGAUGCAGUCAUCUUUGCCACAGGCUAUAGCUUUGCCUUUCCUUUUCUUGAAGAUUCUGUCAAAGUGGUCAAGAACAAGGUGUCCUUGUAUAAAAAGGUCUUUCCACCUAACCUGGAAAAGCCAACUCUUGCGAUCAUUGGAUUAAUUCAACCCUUGGGAGCCAUUAUGCCCAUUUCAGAGCUCCAAGGACGCUGGGCCACUCAAGUGUUCAAAGGACUGAAGAAAUUGCCUUCAAAAAGUGAAAUGAUGGAAGAAAUAAAUAAGGCUCGAGAGGAAAUGGAAAAGAGGUAUGUGGAAAGCCAGCGUCACACCAUCCAGGGAGACUAUGUAGACACCAUGGAAGAGAUUGCAGAUUUGGUGGGUGUCAGGCCCAAUCUCCUGUCUCUGACCUUCACUGACCCCAAAUUAGCAUUCCGGUUACUUCUGGGACCCUGUACUCCAGUUCAGUAUCGCCUGCAGGGCCCUGGAAAGUGGGCCGGAGCUCGACAAGCCAUUCUUACCACAGAAGAUCGUAUCAGAAAGCCUCUGAUGACAAGAGUGGUUGAAAAGGGCGAUGCUGGGGCUUCACUAGUGACAACGCGUGCCAUCCUGCUAGCUGCUGUUUUCUUUGCUGUAAUCCUGGCUUACUUUUAGAUGUGACAGUGUCAGUCCUCGGGCUUUCCCUGGGAAGCCUCAUCUAACGACAUCUCCAGAACCUGACAAGACUGAAGAAUCAGCCUCAUACGGCUCAGAAAUCAGUCUCUGCCUCUUGUCUUUGUCUCUCUGUGUCUGUCCCUGUGUCUCUCUCUCUGUCUCUCUUGUUUUUCCUUCUGAAACCCUAGGUUUUCAUUUAUCAAUUCAUCUUCCUUUCUUUCUUGAGCCCCCACUUCUUCCUUCUAGAAAUUUCCAGACCAUGUCAUCUUCAUAUAUCAUUAGCAGGGUUCUUUUCAUGCUCGACUCUGUUGCAUUUCUACUCUUGCACACCUAGACUUCAGUGUGUAAUAAUACAUCUUGAGAAGACUGCUCACACUAUCAAACCCAUAGUGGCUACAACUUCACCUUGUAAGCAGAGCCAACAUGUCUAUCUCAGGAACACCUGCAGCAAGAAUUAACCAUUUAGUGCUGAGGGCUGCAAGUCCAAGGUCAAGGGUGCAGCCAGUGAAGAACUCCUGGCUUCGUGAUUAUUACAGUGAGGGCGUUGGAUGGCAAAACAGAAAGCAUGUCCUUAACUAAGUUCUGAUAUGUGGUGCCUGCUUAAUAAAUACCCAUUGAUAUCUGUAAAUAAGCUGAUAUCCCUAAGUCAAUCUAAUAAAUGACCGACUCCAUGUCCAUGGAGCUCUUCUUCUGAUACAAUUCACUACCUACCAGAAGGCUGAUUUUUGUUCUUAAUAUUAUAACCGAAUAAGCCCAUCUUUAAUGUGGGAACUGGGGAUUUAAAUUCUGGUCCUUUUGCUUUCAUGAGCAAGUGCUCUUACUCACCGAGCCAUCUCUCUAUCUCCGGCUUCUACUUUCUUAAAAAAAAAAGGAAACUACUAGACUGAACUUAGUGGCACAUACCUGGAAUUCCAGAACUUGGGAGUUCACCGCAAGCUCAAGACCAGCCUACUCUAUAUAGUGAGUUUCAGGCCAACCAGGGUUGCCUAUCGAGAACAUGUCUCAAAGGACAACAGCAGCAAAAUACAAAACAAGAAAAGAAAUUUCUCUUUGGGUUUAAAAGUCAUUGAAAGAAUUUGCCAUCUUCAAAUAGGUUGGCUGAAGAAUUUGGGGGCUUUGCUUAGCUGUCCUGGCUUGAUCCGUGAGUGCCUGUAUCAAGAUCCAGUAAGACUUUAGCUGAGGAAAUAAAUGACAGCCAGCUGCUGAGGUGGGAUCUGCCUGUGUAAUUAGUUGUCCCCUCUCUACCCUCAGAGUCUACACAGUAAGACUCAAUGAGGUCAUUUAUGUCUUAGGUUGGAAUUUAUUUCUACUGAUAUAUUAACUAGGGGCAUUCUGACUAGAUGAGUUCUUGUAUGCUACAGUGUAGUUCAGAAACACAGGAAAUGAACUGUUGGGAUAUCUUUGGACUAUCAGCCCACAAACAGUGACCCAGAGACUUAUUAUUAAUUAUGGAAGCUUGUCCUUACCUUAGACUUUUCCCCAACUAGCUCUUAUAACUUAAUUAACCCCUAUUUUUUUAAAUCUACAUUCUGCCAUGUGGCUCAGUUACCUCUUUUUACUAUGGCACAUCUGACUUUCUCCUAGCUUCCUCCUCCCAGUUUCUUUCUCUGUCUGGAAGCCCCACCUAUACCUCCUGCCUAGCUAUCGGCUGUCCCACUCUUUUUGUUUGUUUGUUUUAAUUAUAGAAACACACCUUCACUGAACUCUCUGGGCAUAGCCACAGGUCGUGCAAGCAGGGUAUCUUCAGAAAUAACUGCUGUGUAGUAUGUCUCUAAAUGAACUGUUGUCAAUCAUUGAAGGAGGAGAUAAGUUUGAUCAGCUCAAAGAGCAGCAUUAGAAUAACGCAAAUAUGCGUAAGCUGAUAUGUGAGAAUUCAAACUCUUUCCUAUUCAUACAUGUAUUUGGACAGCCACCUAACAUUUCACCUCCUGUACCUCCUGUGAACUUAAGCACUGUGCCCUGGUAUGGUUCCUGGGAUCUUUUUCCUUCCCUAAUCCUUUUGAAACUGUUUCUCAUUAUUAAAACGGAUCUGGGAGUUUUUUAAGUUGAAGAUUGCUUUUCUUUAAGAAUAAAUUGAAGCUCUGAUCUAAA